AAUCAUGCCUGAUUUGUGCAUUCACCGCUUGAGAUCGGGAAAGAGAACAGAAAGUGAUAGCCGAGAAUCCCAAGGAUCUGAUGGCAACCAAAAAACUAGGACCGCUCAGGUUUCUAAAUCCGGACGCUGGAGCUGGGGAUAUUUCGGGUGCCAUGCAGUGCCGACGAACAGCUGGCGUUCGCGAGCUUCUGGGGCUAAUGUUCUUUAAAUACGCAACCCUGGUUCCCUUCCCUCGUUGCAAGUGCCCAGUAUACUUGUCGGAUAGCAAAAGCUCUGCUGGCUCUGCUUUCCACCAUGGGAAUCCCCCAGUAUGACGAGGUGUCGGGCAAUGACCCAAGACCAGAUAUUGCCGAAGAAUCCAUUCGACGGUUUGGGCCACUGAAUACUUUGGACGAUUUGAUCCGCUUGCGAGCAGCAGAUGCAGUCCAGGAGCCGAUACUCGCCUAUCCCAGACCGCCGGAAAAUAAUACCGUCUCCUAUGAGUACUUCACCGGCGAAGACUUGGAUUGCCUGGUUGACCAAACCGUGUGCCACCUGAUGGGCUGUGGGUUUAAGCCGCCCCAGAAAGAUGGAGAGAUCAUUGCCCUCCUUACGCUUUCCGAUCUCAACAUGGUAUUUACCUUCUUCGCCCUGAGCCGCAUGGGAUACACCGUGAUGAUGCUCUCUCCACGUCUGUCUGCAGCGGCCUGUGUGUCCCUGCUCGAGACAGUAGGUUGUGAAACGAUCCUGUACGGCCGGACCCCCCAAAUCCGGACGACCAUGGGAGAUAUUCUCCGGCUGAAGAUUGUGACUUGUCGGCCCAUCAUCGAGUGCCCUGAUCGGGAAGAAGCUUCAGACGGUCCGGCCGUCCUGGUGCUCAACCGCAGCCGCAACCGUGAGGCCCAACGGAACAAGAUUGCCCUCAUUCUUCAUUCGUCGGGCUCGACUGGCACCCCUAAACCCCUGUUCUUAAGCCACAAGGCUCUGAUGACCCAUCCGCUGCGAGGAUUGGGCCUCACCUCGUUUAACUCGCUACCGUGGUACCACCUCCAUGGGUUGUCAACCGCAUUGCAAGCGAUGUAUAUGAGAAAGGUAGCCUUCAUGUGGGAUGCAUCCCUGCCUCUCACGGUUCACUCAGUGGUAGCCGCUCUCGAAGCAGCCCAGCCAGAGUCGGUCCAGGGGGUUCCAUACCUUCUCCAACUUCUCGUCGACAGUGCAAGAGGCUUGGAUGCUCUUCGAUCCUGUAAACUUGUUAGCUACGGCGGUGCGCCUUGCCCGGAUGACCUGGGGGAUCGGCUAGUCGCCGAGGGAGUGCGAUUUGGAGGAUCCUUCGGCUUAACGGAAGCUGGUCUAGUGGCGGAAUCCAUAUCCCGGCCAGUGGACGAUCCGGACUGGAAUUAUAUGCGAUUCUUCGAGAACAUCCGACCGUAUGUCUGGAUGAAGCCGAUAGGAAAUGAGCUCUACGAAUGUGUAUACCUAUCCGGUCACCCGGCGCUUACUACAUCCAAUUCCAACGAGCCCCCCGGGUCUUAUCACUCGCGGGACGUCUUCUCGCCCCAUCCCAGCAUGCCCAACAGGUGGAAGUAUAUCUCGCGGCUGGACGAUAGAAUCACCCUGCUGAAUGGGGAAAAGGUGCUACCGCUCCCCAUCGAGGGCUCGAUUAAGCAAAGUCCGUUGAUUCAAGAAGCCGUCGUUGUCGGGGUGAGCAGGGCCAUGCCCGGUCUCCUCGUCUUUAGAGCCGAGAGCGCCCAGCAUGUCGCCGACGAAGACCUUUUGGAUCUGAUUUGGCCCACGGUUCAGGACGCCAACACCCGCGCCGAGCAGUUCUCCCAGAUUACUCGGGAGAUGGUCUGCAUUUUACCUCGGGGCUCUGUCUGUCCGCAGACCGAUAAAGGCUCCAUGAUCCGCGCACAGGUGUACGUUCGAUACGCCGCCGCAAUUGAGCAGCUAUACGCGCAGCCCGAGGAGCGUCCAGAGGGAGCCCUGCAGCUUGAUCUCGACGCAACCGAGGCCCACCUAAUGCAGCUCUGCAAGACGGAGCUGGGGUUUCCGAUUUCCAGCAAAGACGCCGACUUCUUUACCGAGGGAGUCGAUAGUUUGAAAGCAAUCCAUCUGCGGAGGCUGAUUCUUCGAGACUUCAGGAUCGGAGCCGGGAAAGAUCUCGGCCAGAACAUCGUUUUCGAAGCGGGGAGCGUGGCGCGGUUAGCAAAGCAAAUCCGGGUCCUACAACAGAGUGGUUUGGCUGCAGACGACGAGGAGGAUCCGGUCUCCUCCAUGCAAGGGCUGAUCGAGAAGUACUCGUCAUUCCGAACCCAUUCCCCGAACCCGGAUGCAAUAUCCACUAGGAAAGGCGUUAUUUUGACGGGAGCAACGGGAUCCAUUGGAGCGCACACGCUCUAUCGGCUCCUAAAUGACGAGACCGUGUCGGUGGUGUACUGCCUGACAAGACGGAACAACCCCAAACAAGCAAUCCUUGACGCUCUCGCGCAGAAAGGCCUCAGGGUCUUGGAGGACCGCACGAAACGGAUCGUAGCGCUGAAGAGCGCGCUGGACCAGCCCGACCUCGGCCUGGAGAAGAAGAGUAUGAUAGAAGAGAUGCGCCAGUCGGUAUCCCUGAUCAUCCACACGGCGUGGCCCGUCAAUUUCAACCUCCCGCUCCUGGCAUUCGAGCCACAUAUCAGGGGGCUAUACAACCUCAUUGACUUUUCGUUGACGGUGAAUAUGCCCGCGCCGGCCGUGACGCUUUUCUGCUCGUCGAUCUCCACGGCGUUGGGCGCGCCGGCACGCGAAAUACCAGAAGCCCCGAUCAACAGCCUCGACAGCGCGCUCGAGAUGGGCUACGGCCGCUCGAAAUUAAUCGGCGAACGGAUCGUCAGCAACGCCCGCCAGGCCGGCGCGAGGGCCUUCUCGCUUCGAAUUGGCCAGGUUUCAGGCCACUCCAAAAGGGGCCGGUGGAACGACUCCGAAGCAACCCCGUUGAUGAUCCGGUCGGCAUUAACCCUCAAGGUCCUGCCUGCGCUCGAUACCACCUGUUCAUGGGUCCCGGUGGAUAAGCUUGCCUGUUCCAUGUUGGAGAUUGCGCGAGCCUGCUCCCUCAAUCAUUCCUCUGACGAUGGUGCCGAGUUCGGGGACGAUUCAGUGUAUAACCUGACCAACUCGCGGACCUUUGCCUGGUCUUCCCUGCUGGAUACCCUGCGCCGCAAUGGGUUCGCAUUCAAAACCGUUCCGUUCAAUGAGUGGCUGCAAAGGCUGCGCGAGAGUGCGGCCCAGGGCGAGGAGCUGAUCAACCCUGCCGUAAAGCUAGCAGAUCAUUACGAGUCCAUGUACGGCGGCUCGUCGGCGGCAACGUCGAAAACCUUCCUGACGGAAAAGGCAGAGAGAGACAGUAUGACUUUGCGCAAUGGGCGUCUGAGAAUCAUCCAAGACGGAAUCCUGGCCCGGUACGCCCAAGAUUGGCUGAAGCGGUGGAAAACGGCCUGAGUUGGUGUCUGAUGACGACGAUGAUAAUGCUGAUUUAUGUCCAUAUGAUGCCGAUACCGAUGCUGACGGCCGUGAUUCGGUGCUGAUUUGGUGUGUGUCCUAUAGUGCUGUCUGUCUCUUGCUCUGGUUUUACUACCUUGAUGCUGUUCUUUUUUUUCUCGCCAGUAGUCUCU